AUGAUAAAUUUGUCAGACCGAGAGAAGGAAAACGCUCUAAAUGAAGUCAGAAUUCUCGCAUCAAUUAAACAUAAAAAUGUAGCUGCUUACAAACAAGCAUUUUUUGAUGAACCCUCCUCAUCUCUAUGGUAAACUUCACUAAAAUAAACAGAUUAUUCAAACAAUGAUUAUAGUAUUGUCAUGGAAUACGCAGAUAAUGGGGAUGUCUUUCAGAGAAUUUGCGAACACUAGCAGGCAGGGACAACAAUGAAGGAGAAAGUAAUUUGGAAAAUAUUUAUAUAAGCUGUUCGAGGAUUAAAAGCGUUGCAUGAUCUAAAAAUCCUGCACAGAGAUAUGAAAAGUGCAAACAUAUUUCUAUGGAAAGAUUACACAGCAAAACUAGGAGAUCUCAACGUAUCCAAAGUGGCUAAGAAGGGACUCCUAUAUACCUAAACAGGCACACCGUAUUACGCAAGUCCUGAGGUGUGGAAGGAUUAGCCUUACGAUGGUAAAUCUGAUAUUUGGUCCCUAGGCUGUGUUUUGUAUGAAACUUGCGCACUUGUGCCUCCAUUCAGAGCUGAUGAUAUGAAUGGUCUGUUUAAGAAGAUCUUAAAAGGGUAAUAUCCUCCAAUACCCAAUCACUACUCAAUGGAAUUGAGAUCAGUUAUAAAAAGCUUGAUACAAGUAAACGCUGCUUCAAGGCCAACAUGUGAUUAAAUCCUGGAGAUGGGCAUAGUAGCCAAAAGAGCAAGAAAAUAUUUUCACAACGAAAUUCCACUGAGGGAUAUAGAGAGCGAGUCUGAGCUACUGAAAACAAUAAAAUUCUCGAAGAAUAUAUUCAAGCUGAAGCUGCCUCAAGCCACAUACGAGCAGUUGUCGUUUGCUACUAUUCCUGUGCACGGGUCCAAAUAAUUAUCAAUGGGAGGUAAGGUAAGAAAUAAUAUGUCAUCUAAAACUUAGAUGGUCGAGAAGCCUCAUCUCCCUAAAAUCACUCAAUCAACAAGGAACGGAGGUAAUAAUCACAAUAACUCGAGCAAUAGCGGGGAUGGAGAUGACGAGUAUGAGCAGGAUUUCGAAAAUGAUGAGAGAAGAAACCAUCAUGAGUCCAAACCUAAAUCUAGAUCCUAUUCAGGAAGACGAGAAAUAGAGGCUAAGAAUUACAAUAAACAGAAAAAGCAGUAACUACUAGAAAUCAAUAGUAAUAUCGGUAAUCCCUAGCAAACAUCAAAUGAGAAUCUCCCAUUGGCUAGCAACAGAUCAAAGCAGAAUCUUUUAGAAGAAAACAAUUCAUCUUCUUAAAUUACACUGACGUAAGUUUAAGGGAAAAUUCCCUCUCCUAAAUCUCAAGAAAAGCGAGGCCUGACUUAAUCUCCAAGUCAUCAGGUACUUUAAACGACAGCUACUGACACCUAAUCUAGCACCUAGCAGACAAUAUCUUAGGUGACUAUAGUCAAACCAAAAAAAUAAAUAUCUCAAAAGGCCUAAGAUAAUUCUACAAUACAAUCAACUAUUUUGGAGCAAGAAAAUGAAUCUGAGGCGAUAGAAAGACUAUCGAGAGGGGAAAAUCGCAAAUUGGCAACUAAGAUGUAACGGUAAAGCAAUCACACAGCUGAAUUGAUAGAAAAAGAUAAGUAAGACAGACUAAGGAUCAGAGAAAAUGCCCAAUCAAUGAUUGAUAGUUCUUAGUAAAAUCAGAGAUCCAGGGAAGAUAGGAAGAAUUUGCACAUGCCUUCUGCUAAGUUAGAUGAGUUACCCAAAGUUGCACAAUUGUCCUAAUCUCCAUCAAAUAUGAGUUUAGGAUCCCCAGAAGGUUCUCCUUUGAUAAAUCAUUAAAACUAAUAGGCAAAAAGUUUAAAUCCAUCUACAAUGAAUAGGAAUAAUAUCAUACUUAAGCCUUAGAAAAACUAGCAAUCACCUAACUUCAAAAGAAUUGUAAACAUAUACUCAGUAAAUAACUACAAAAAGAAAAAAUAUAUCAUCAAUGAUAAUAAUACUUCAAACUACGGUAUUCAAAAUGCAAAUCAAAGUUAAAUUAGUUUAGCUAGCUAAAUUUACAAAGGAGAAGAUAUAAAACUAAAACUGUAGCAGCUUAGAGAAGGAAUGGGUUACUAUGAUGGCAAGUCACUUGGAAGUUUGAACAAUCGUGACAGCAGUUAAGAGUAAAUCUCAUAGUAUCAACAGUAACAUAACAAUUCUGUAUUACUUCCAGAGUUAAAGAGUGUCACUCCAUAGAUAUAGAAUGUUAAGAAUAAUUACUCCAUGCUUAACAAUGGAAGCUAAAGUUAUUCAAAUAGUGGAAGUGUUGCUAAACUGGCAAAUCGAAAGAAAAGCUAUGAAAGAUUAAUGCGGGUAGAUUAACAGUCUUAUCACCUUUAUAAACAUUAAAAUGGAAAAAUAGAAAUAUAGAAUCCUAUUAGAUCUGGUGGUAUAAAUGUAUAUGGUCUCAAACAGAGACCGUAAGGUUAUUACAAUGUGAGUGCUAAUUACUCUGUGCUGAGUAAUGGUGGAGGAGGCAACUCUGGCCUGCCUAGUGAACUAGAUGUUUAAGGAAAAUCAGUUAUCAACUCGAAACAGAUAAUAAAUGCUAGUUAUAUAUAGAAUAAUUUGUGA